AUGAGCCGCGCCCCGCGCCCGGACCCGACUCGCGACGCCCCCCGCGCCCCGCCGCGCGCGCCCGAGGAGACAUAUGAUCAUCUUCUGGAAGUCCCAGUCAGCCGAGAGCAGCUUAACCACUAUCGGAAUGUGGCUGAGAAGACCCAAAGCGAACUUGCAGCCACUUUGGUCAAAUUUGAAUGUGCUCAGUCCGAGCUUCGAGACCUUCGCUCUAAGAUGCUGUCCAAAGAAGCUUCCUGCCAAGAGUUGAAAGCAGAAAUGGAGAGCUACAAAGAAAACAAUGCUCGGAAAUCAUCUCUCCUCACCUCUUUGAGAGACAGAGUUCAGGAGUUAGAGCAAGAAUUGGUAGUACUUUCCAAUUCUAAAAUUCGAACAGAAAUCACAGCUCACCAGGCCAUCAAGGAGAACGAGGAGUUAAAGAAGAAAGUCAUAGAACUACAUGAGAAAUUACAAAAGUGUUUAACGGAAAAUGAAGAGACUAAGAAUCAAAUCUCGAAGAAUUGCAGGAGACACGAGGAGUUCCUAGCUCAGCUCCGUGAGAGCUUGGAUCCAGACGAGAAGAACCAAGAGGCUUCUGAUGAAGAUUUAAUUCUAAAGCUCCAAGAGCUGCGCGAGGAAAACGCGACGGUGAAAGGACAAAUCGUGACUCUGGAAGAGGCGAGGGCCGUGCACGAGAUGGAAGCCAAAGCGAACAGAGAAACCAUCUCCAGGCUGGCCUCGGAGCUGCAGGGCGAGCAGCGGCGGGCGGCCCAGGGCGCGCAGGAGAGGGAGCGGCUGGGCCAGGACUUGCUCCAUGCCGUCGAGGCGAAGGAAAGCCUGGAAAGGGAAGCAAAAGGCCUCCAGGAAAGACUGCUCACCAGCCAGAGGCUCUGGGAAGCCUCGAAGCAGGAGCUGAGCCUGCUGAAGGACCGUUCCUGCGAGCUGGAGAAGAGCUUGCAGGCCAGCGUGGAUGCGGCCAGCGUGUUCCAGAGCCAGUACUCAUCCUUCCGGGAGAAGGUCGCUGCCCUUCUGCAGGGGAGCUCCGGCAGGGUCGGUGCCACGGAAGAUGCCAUUCUGGAGAAGAUUCAAGAAAUGCAUCUGCAGGAUGAGAGCAGCAGAAGGAUGGUUUCCCAGCUUGAAGCCCAAAUAUCCGAGCUCGUUGAACAGUUGGGAAAUGAGUCUGGAUUUCACCAGAAAGCACUCCAACGGGCCCAGAAGGCAGAAAACAAGUUGGAGACGCUUCAGGGUCAGCUGACACACCUGGAAGGAGAACUAGUUUCUGGAGACGUCUUGAGGGACAACUUGCAUUUUGAGAAACAGAAAUAUCUUCAGUUUUUGGAUCAGCUCUCCGAGAAAAUGAAACUGGACCAGAUGGCAGCUGAGCUUGGCUUUGACAUGCGUCUGGAUGUCGUUCUAGCGCGCGCGGAGCAGCUGGUCCGUCUGGAGAGCAGCGCAGUCAUCGAAAACAAGACGAUCGCCCACAAUUUACAGAGGAAGCUCAGGGCCCAGAAAGAAAGGCUGGAGAGCCGAGAGCUGCACGUUAAGCUGCUGCGGCAGAAAGUCGCACAGCUGGAGGAGGAGAAGCACAUGCGCACGGCGCUGGCGGUGGAGAGGGACGAGGCCCAGCUCGCCAUCAGGAAGCUUCAGAAGAAGACGGACAGGCUGCAGAAGGAGCUGAGCGAGUGUCGAGAAUCCAACACGGCGCUCAAGGCCCAGCUGGCCGACACUAAUGAGUUGAAGAUUAAAACUUUGGAACAGACCAAAGCCAUUGAAGACCUGAAUAAAUGCAAAGACAAGCUGGAGAAGAUGAAGGAGAAAGCUGAGAAGAAGCUGUUAUCAGUGAAGUCAGAGUUGAAUAGCACCGAGCAUGAGGCAAAGGAGGAUAAAGAGAAGGCCAGGAAGAUGAUGCAAGGGGUCAACAGUGAAAUGAAGACCCUGAAAAAAUCUCUGGAAGAAGCAGAAAAGAGAGAAAAGCAGCUGGUAGACUUCAAGGAGGUGGUUUCUCAGAUGCUGGGCUUGAACGUGACGAGCCUGGCUCUUCCAGACUAUGAAAUCAUCAAAUGUCUUGAGCGACUGAUCCAUUCGCAUCAACAUCACUUUGUCACCUGUGCCUGCCUCCAUGAUGGGACCACGGGGGUAGACAGGCACCUCAAAGACCAUUUAAAACUUCUCAAUUGAACAUUGUUUCUCUUGGGAAAGAUGACACUAAGAGAUGGGAAAUGAUUCUCAGUUCCAGAAAUUCCCCAUAUAUUUGAAAUUGGAUCCAUGUGUGACUGUUGUGCAUAUUGAUGGUAGAGCGAGAAUUCAUCAAUGAAA